AUGCAGCUGUGACCUGCCCAGACAGAGCGCUUCACACAUCCAGAGCGACAACACACACACAACUUUAUCUUUUUGGGACUUUAUUUGCUUUGUUACUCACUGAAUCCAGCACCAUGACCCAGCAGCUCUCCUUCAUGGCGGAGAACCAGCGCCGGAUUGAAGCGGUGCAGAAGUCUUUCGGACCGACCGGCGCGCGUCUCCAGGACCCGGGCCGAGUCCUGAUCGGGGAGGGCCGCCUGAUGAAGCAGAGCCGGCGUGGACCCCAACCCAAAGCCUUUUUCCUCUUCAACGACUUGCUGGUGUACGGCAGCAUCGUCAUCAAUGGACGCUGGUUCAAGAAUCAGAACAUCAUCCCUCUAGAGGACGUUGAGCUGGAGGACCUGGAAAAUGGUUUCCAGAUGAAGCACCAGUGGUUGGUCAAAACCCCCCGUAAAUCCUUCUACGUCUCCGCGGCCUCCCCGGAAGAGAAGCAGGCAUGGAUGGAGCACAUCGAGGUGUGCAAAGCUCGCCUCCUCCAAUCCAGCGGCCGACGUGCGAGCUCCAUCUUCGCCGUCACCUGGAUCCCAGACCCUGCCUCUGCCAUCUGCAUGCGCUGCUCCAGGAAGUUCAGCAUGACCCACCGCCGCCACCACUGCAGGAAAUGCGGUUUCCUGGUGUGUGGAGUGUGUUCCAGACAGCGCGCUGUGAUCGGGAAUCUCCAUCCCACCAAGAGGCAGAGGGUGUGCGGGCUGUGCCAUCACAGCCUGAGUGAGAGAGAGGAGGACGACGGGAGAGUCCGUGGAGACAGCACUGGACUCCGCUCUGAUGAAGACGAGCAGGCCAGCAUUGAAGAUCCAUACUAUGAAGAUAACAAUGAAGACGACUAUCACCCCGUUAACUGGGCUGACAAUGGGAUGGACUCUUUCGCCCCUUAUGUUUAUCUCAAACCUGAGCAUGUCUGGCCUCGUCUGUGAAGAAUGUGCAUGUUUGUACUCAUAACAAUGAAGGAUUCUGCCCAUUUGGCACUUUUGUGCAUAAGUAAAUUGAGCAAAAUUUAAGGAUAUAAAGUAAUAGUCAGAAAACCUUGAAGGGGCACUAUCUGUGUUUCUUGAUCUGUCAACAGUUGUUAUUGCUUUGUCUGGUAUGGUCCACAGCAGAGGCGGCGUUAGCAUUAGGCAAAAUGGGCAGCUGCUUAGGGCCCCCAAACCUGGAGGGGCCCCAAAACAAUUGCCCUCAGUGCCACUAAUGACCGUGGUCUCAGAGCAAUUUGAUUUUCUCUCAAUAUUAUUAAAAUUAAAUGAGAGUAGUUUACCUUUAAACAAUAAUCAUAAGAAAAAUUAUAAUAAUCAUAUAUAAUUGAUGUAAACAAAAAUGUAAUUGUUCUAGCAAAAAAUAAUGAUUAUCUAGUAGGCGACCGACUAAUAAGACAAGUUUCCAAUCCACCAUAAUUCAAAUAGAGAUGUACAGUGGGGAAAAACAGACAAUAACUAUAUUUAAAAAAUAAAUAAAAAAUUGUGCAUUAUAGUGAGGGCCCCCAAAAUUGCCCACAUUAGAGUAUACAUUUCUUCCAUUUAAUCACAUUACUGGCAUUUUAAUUGUCAAAAAAUACUUUAAUGGAGUCACCUACUCGUCUUACUGCUUGGUUUUAUCAGUUUUAUGCUAUUUUGUGGUACAUUCCAGACAAAACACGUUGACGGAGAAUAGAAGAUAUCGAAUCCUCCACAUAAAACAUAGUGCCCCUUUCUGUUUUCAUCUGAUUUUCUGAAUAUGUGGCACGAGAAUGCACUUACAGACUGCUAUAAGAUUCAUACCUCUGAACACUGAUGCUGCUGAAUGCCUCCUAAAACCUAAGCCCAGGACAGACCAAGGUGAAAAUCUGAAGGACAAAAUAAAUACACUUUAUUUUAAUGUCGUUUAGGCACCGUGUGCAAUAUUAACCAUGGUAUUAAGUUACUUUAAACUGUAAUUAAUGUAAAAACAAUCUCUACUGUACAUAGUUUAUUUAUUUUCGUAUGUGUAAUGUGAAAUUUUCAUUGUUUUGAAGCACCUUUAAUAAGAAUGUGAAACUUCCAUGAAACAUCUUUAUGUACUGUCAUGUCAUGUAAUGUUACAUGAACUAUUGUAUUUGCUUCAGACUCUAUUUAUAACCUUAAUAAACAUAAUGAACUGUAA